UAGCUGCAUCAGUGCAGAGAAGGAUGUCGGAGAGAGAGGAGCGGGGAGGGAUGUGGAGGGCCCCCCUGGAUAACUGCAGAGCUGUCCCAUCACCGCACACAGGGCAUUGUCCCUACACCUCCAUCAUCUCCAUACUCAUCAGUACCAUGUAGAUCUGCCUCCUCCCCUCCACCCCCUCCAGAACACUCUCUGCCCAAACCCACGCAGUAUCCUGACCCUCUCCACAUCUCCUGGACCACUCACUUUUUUGUCUUCCCCUUGUCCCAUCCCCCUCCCACUCCUCCCUUGUCUCUCUCCAUCCCCCUCUGUCUCUCUCCAUACCUCUGCUGUAUACAUCUCCAGCCUCCUGUGUGCUCCUUCCUCAUCCUCCUCCUGUCCUCUUCUCCUCUCUUUCCUGUAAGUCCUCAUCCCCUUCCCCAGACAGGUUUGGGGCCCCCGAACACAUCCCCCUCCCCAUCACCUCAUAUAGUCUUCUACCUUCUCUCGCUCUCAAUAUGCAAGUUUCUUUUGCUUGCACAGAGCAGACAUUGAGAAGUAGGACCAGCGAGGACCGUCUUUGCCCCAAUCGCCCUUCUGGUGGGCAAAAUGGGGGAAGCGGGGGACAGACGAAACUGCGCACUCCCCCAAUGGGGACAAAACACCCCAACCAGGUGAUCCCCCUUCUCUCACACAUCCUGCGGGAGUCUACGGGGAAAUCUACUGGGAUGAAAUACAGGAAUCUCGGGAAGUCCGGAUUACGUGUCUCCUGUCUGGGUUUAGGAACCUGGGUAACGUUCGGAUCUCAGAUUUCAGAUGAGGUGGCAGAAAAUCUCAUGACAAUUGCCUACGAACACGGGGUUAAUCUGUUUGACACUGCAGAGGUGUACGCGGCGGGCAGAGCAGAGAGGACAUUGGGAAAUAUCCUUAAAAAGAAAGAAUGGAGGCGUUCCAGUUAUGUGAUUACAACCAAAAUCUACUGGGGAGGCCAAGCUGAGACUGAGAGAGGAUUGUCCCGAAAGCAUAUUAUAGAAGGUCUCCGGGGAUCUCUGGAACGGCUGCAGUUGGAAUAUGUCGAUAUUGUAUUUGCGAAUCGUAUGGACGCCAAUAGCCCAAUGGAAGAAAUUGUACGAGCCAUGACCUUUGUGAUCAACCAGGGGAUGGCGAUGUACUGGGGCACUUCACGCUGGAGUGCGAUGGAAAUUAUGGAGGCCUAUUCUGUAGCUCGCCAGUUUAACCUCAUCCCUCCCGUGUGUGAACAAGCUGAGUAUCAUCUCUUCCAACGCGAGAAAGUAGAGACGCAGCUCCCCGAGCUGUAUCAUAAGAUUGGUGUUGGCUCUAUGACAUGGUCUCCUUUAGCAUGUGGCCUGAUUACUGGGAAAUAUGCCGACAAUAUCCCCGAAAAAUCUAGAGCUUCCUUCAAGGGCUAUCAUUGGCUGAAAGAAAAAGCUGUGAGUGACGAAGGAAAGAAGCAGCACAUAAAGGUGAAAGAUCUGCUUCCUAUUGCCGAGCGCCUCCACUGUACAGUCACCCAACUUGCUAUAGCAUGGUGUCUGCGUAGCGAAGGAGUAAGUUCUGUACUUCUGGGUGUCUCCAAUUGUGAUCAGCUUAUUGAGAAUUUGGGGUCCAUCCAGAUUCUCUCACAGAUAACACCCCAGAUCAUAGCGGAGAUAGACCAGAUACUUGGCAACAAACCCAACAUAAAGAAAGAUUCUCGCGCGUGAGGACAUCAUCUCCACAUUCUGGAACCCUUCGAGUGUCUUCAAGGAUCGAGGACAUGAGACAUACGAAAUUACGCUCGCCUGGUGCAUGGUCCCCCACUCUGGCAGUGCUGAGAGAGCGGGAGGAGAACAUUUAGCCAGCAAUAAUGGGAGGAAAACCAGCUGCCUGCUUAGUACUUUGGGGUCAAUACAUGCAUUAUUUCAUGUCACCCUGCAAGGGGAGGGUCAGAGAUUUAAUGACUUCACUUAUACAAUGGGGGAAGAACACAAGCAUGGAACCACUCAAGAAGGAACAGACUCUUGGCGCUCAUAUUUCUUGAUUUCCUAUGUAAAGGACUUCUAGCUUUCCUUUGUUUCAAACAGCAGGGGAAAGAUAAAACGUAUAGCCCCAUCUGUAUCACCCUGCUCAGGGAGGUGCUGGCUCCCCGCUUCAAUGUUACCAUGGACAGGGGCAGAUUCAUAGACUCAUUGCUUCUUUCUGUGAUAAGAUGCAGGACAGGGGAAAAGCUUAUAGUUUCCUUCUAUCACCUUAUAGAAGGAGGAGCAAAAUCAUAGCUUUCAUCUAUGUUACCCUGCCCAGGGAGGGGUAGGUUCAUGCCUUCUUAAUAUCUGUACAAAAAGGGAAGACUCAUAGCUCCUCCCAUAUGUAUCACCCUGCAGGGGGAGGAGACUCAUAGCUCCUCCCAUAUGUAUCACCCUGCAGGAGGAGGAGACUCAUAUAUCCUUCUAUAUAUAUAUAUAUCACCCUGCAGGAGGAGGAGACUCAUAGCUCCUUCUAUAUAUAUAUAUCACCCUCCAGGAGGAGGAGACUCAUAGCUCCUUCUAUAUAUAUCACCCUGCAGGAGGAGGAGACUCAUAGCUCCUUCUAUAUAUAUCACCCUGCAGGAGGAGGAGACUCAUAGCUCCUUCUAUAUAUAUCACCCUGCAGGAGGAGGGGACUCAUAGCCCCUUCUAUAUGUAUCACUCUGCAGGAGGAGGAGACCCAUAGCCCCUUCUAUAUAUAUCACCCUGCAGGAGGAGGAGACUCAUAGCUCCUUCUAUAUAUAUCACCCUGCAGGAGGAGGAGACUCAUAGCCCCUUCUAUAUAUAUAUAUCACCCUGCAGGAGGAGGAGACUCAUAGCUCCUUCUAUAUAUAUCACCCUGCAGGAGGAGGAGACUCAUAGCUCCUUCUAUAUACAUCACCCUGCAGGAGGAGGAGACUCAUAUAUCCUUCUAUAUAUAUCACCCUGCAAGAGGAGGAGACUCAUAGCCCCUUCUAUAUAUAUAUAUCACCCUGCAGGGGGAGGAGACUCAUAGCUCCUAUAUGUAUCACCCUGCAGGAGGAGGAGACUCAUAGCUCCUUCUAUAUAUAUAUCACCCUGCAGGAGGAGGAGACUCAUAGCUCCUUCUAUAUAUAUAUCACCCUGCAGGAGGAGGAGACUCAUAGCCCCUUCUAUAUAUAUAUCACCCUGCAGGGGGAGGAGACUCAUAAUCUUCUGUUUUCAUCGCACAUACAAUCCCACCAUGUCCAAUUAUGCAAUACCCUGUCCACUCUUCCUACGCUGGACAGAAGGGAAAACACUUCCCCUUAACAUAAAGCACAAUCUAUUUUUACCAUGUCAGUAGCUGUAAAUCAUAUCCACAAUACUGAUGGUUAUACACGAUCGUGUCUCAGUUGCGACAUUAUCACUGCGCAUGAUUCAUCCCGUUCCAUUCCCCUGCGUGCUUGGGGCAUGCUCCCACAGCUAAGCAUUGCAGCACGAGACAAUCAGCUCCGUACAUGAAUAAAAGACCACUGCACAUGAAGACAAAAAGUGUAACCGAUGCUGAAGAACAAUGACCCCUCCCAGCCCUCCUCCCCAAGCACUCCGGCAGGGUCCAUCUCUGUUUUAACACUAGUAGAGUGCUGCUCCGGUAGACCGAUUCACAUUUGCAUGCUGUAGACGCUGGCAUGAAAUGAAAGCAGAAAAAAAAGCAGAUAAAACCAAAAUGAGGUGAUGGAUCUGAUGUAGUCUGAAGUAUGUCUAUAACGUGACGUGCACAAAGAGAAUCUCCGAUAUGAAAUCGGGUCUAUAUAUCAGUUUGUAAUUUUUUGUAUUCUGGCGGUAUUAUAGGGCUUUUGUGAGUUGAUGGGCGCUGCUUCCGAGAUGGGGACGUGACGUCACAGUCACGCCACGCCCCCUCCAUUCAUGUCUAUAGGAGGGGGCGUGACGGUAGUCACGCCCCCUCCCUUAGACAUGAAUGGAGGGGGCGUGGUGUGACGUCACGAGGGGGCAUGACCGUAACAUCACGUCUUGUCUCGGAGGCAGUGCCCGGCACAGAAUGCCGGGGGCUGCACCGAGAUCGCGAUGGUCCCCAGCGGCGGGACCCCUGCAAUAAUACAUCGUAUCCCCCAUGCUUUGGAUAGGGGAUAGGAUGUAUAAACCUGGAAUACCCCUUUAAAGGGUUACUGCGCUCCCCAGCGUUCGGAACUCAAUGUUCCGAACGCUAGGUGUGGGCUUCCGUGUUCACGCCCGCCCCCUCGUGACAUCACGCAACACCCAAUAACGUCACGUGCCACCCCCUCAAUGAAAGUCUAUGGGAAGGGGGCGCAACAGCUGUCAUGCUCCCUCCCAUAGAUUUGUAUUGAGGGGGCGGAACGUGACAUCACGGGGCAGGGCGGGACAUCACGAGGGGGCGGGCAUGAACACGGAAGCCCGCACCCAGCAUUUGGAACAUUGAGUUCUGGACGCUGGGGAGCGGAGAAACUCUUUUAAGCUGCACAACAAAUCUAGCAUAUUUCGAAUACACUACUUGAAACACAAGAUGGCAGCAGAGAUAACCAAAUGUAAAAUUUAAGGGAAUACCGUAGAGAGACGUAAUAUACUAUUUGAAAUACAAGAUGGCUUUAGAAAUUGUCGUCCAGUACUAGAAUUUUAUUACUAUUAUGAUGCCGCCUCAUCGAUGAUGCCCAAGUCCCCACUUUCUGGUUCACAUCUCAAUACUCGGAAAUGCCAGCUGAGCCAUCAAUGGUUAAAGGGCUACUAUCAUGCUGACCAGGGGCAGGAUAUGGUGAAACUCAAAGUGCAAUCCCAUUGCAGUGAAACCCAUUCCUGAAGUCCCGUUCAUGUCUAUGGGACUAUCCGGGAUGUGAUGUCAGGCAGUCCGUCUGAUCAUGUGUGUUUCGACACUAGUCUCGGGCCACAGAAUUGCACUUUUAGGAUAGUUACCCUUUUAAAGCAGGUCAUCAUCCAGGCAGUGAGUGACUGGCAUUACUGUGUGUUGGGAGGCUAAGCGCAGGGAUCGGGCACGAUUAAAACAAGACUGGGCAGAAUGAGCCCUUGAAAAGGUUUUUCUAGUGUUGGACGACCCUUUUAAAGUGUAUGGGCAUUACACCCAUUCAGCACAGGGUUCGGUCACAAGCCCUUUUUCCAAUGAACAGGACUCAUCCACAGAACUUGCUGGGUGUUGUAUGGUUGUCUCCGAAACUCUAUUGCCCAGUGAGAUGCAUCUCUCCUCGCCUAUCAUGGCAGAACUGGCGGGAGACCAUAGCUUGGCUUACACAUUAAAGGGGUAUUCUGGCCAAAUACAUCUUCUCCCCGAUCCAAAGGAUAAGGGGAUAAGAUGUCUGAUUGUGGGGGGCUCCAUGCAGCACCCGCAUUCUAUGAAAUGCUGCGUCUCCAGUCUCAGAAACCUCUUUGUGUCCGCGACUUUCUUUGUGUCCGCGACUGGAGACGUGACGUCACGCCACACCCCUCCAUUCAUGUCUAUGGGGGGGGGGGGGCGUGAUUUGACGUAAUGAGGGGGCGUUGCGUGAUGUUACGUCUCCAGUCCCGUAAACAAAGAGGUUUCCGAGACUGGAGACGCAGCCUUGCAUAGAAUGCAUGGAGAUCUCUGGGGGGUCCCAACGAUGGGCCCCCCAUGAUCAGACAUCUUAUCCCCUAUCCUUUCGAUAGAAUAAGAGGUAUUUGGCCGGAAUACCCCUUUAGUGUCUAUUCACACUUACAGGAUUUGAAGCUGUAUUCAGUCAUUUAGUUUACAUUGGAAUCUGCAGCAUCAAAUCUGUGCAGAAUACUGUACAUAUGAAACUGGUGCAAGAAAGUUAAACAUAUUUGUAAAUUACUUCUAUUAAAAAAUCUUAAUCCUUCCAGUAAUUAUUAGCUGCUGGAUACUACAGAGGAAAUUCUUUUCUUUUUGGAACACAGAUCUCUCUGCUGACAUGAUGAGCACAGAGCUCUCUGCUGACACCUUUGUCCAUUUUAGGAACUGUCCAGAGUAGGAGAAAAUUCCCAUAAAAAUAUAUGCUGCUCUGGACAGUUCCUAAAAUGGACAGAGGUGUCAGCAGAGAGCACUGUGUUCCAAUAAGAAAAGAAUUUCCUCUGUAGUAUUCAGCAGCUAAUAAGUACUGGAAGGAUUAAGAUUUUUUAAUAGAAGUAAUUUACAAAUAUCUUUAACUUUCAGGCACCAGUUGAUAAAAAAAAAAAAAAUAAUGUUUUCCACCGGUGUACCUUUUUAAGGUAGAUUAGAUCUCUUUGUACUCAGGUCCCGCUGGGACCUCUGUAAAUCAUCUGUGAUCAUGGGGGGGAGUAGGUAUUUACCAAUUAUUUUCUUUUUUUCAGAUGACUCUGUAGUACAAAAAUGUGUCAGUUCUUUCAAAGCAAUAAAUGCUCCCCGGAGGGGCCUUAGGCUAAUUUAUACAGGGGAUCCCGGGGAUUUUAACGAGGUUAUAUGAAAAGCAAUAGAGAGCUCUUUUACAGGAAAUUCUACUAGUGGACUUCCCAUUGCUAGAAUCCCCCUUUCUGGGUAAAGCCUCCGGAAAUAUCAGGUUUUUUAAUUGUCAAUUCCAGAUCAAAAUCCAAUGACAGUCCAAGUGUUUAGAUUCCCUGGAGAUGUCUCAAAAUGUAUCAGUCGCAGAUAGGUCAAAAGUUUGAAUCGUUUAGGGUCUCAGUGCAUAGACUGAUCAUUAGAACGAGUGGGAGAAGCACCUGGUGGUGCACUUCACUCCCCGACUCAUUGUCCAGCUUCUCUGCAUGGCCCCACAGGCUUAUAAUGGGGCCGAAGGACAAAGAUGGCUAAGAGCCAGGGAGUGAAGUGCGCCGCCAUGUGCUUCUUCCCGCUCACCCUUCUGAUCAGUGGGGGUCUCAGCACCAAGACCCAAUGAGAACUUUUGACCUGUCUCUGUGAUAUGUCAAAGGCAAUUUUACAUGGCAGACACUUUACACUCUUGACUGUCUUACUACCGACUUCUCUGGGGAACCAAUCAUUUUGGAAAUGACUAUUAAAGGGGUUAUCCAGGAAUAGAAAAACAGAGCUGACUUCUUUCAAAAACAGUGCCAUGUCUGUCCCCAGGUUGUGUGUGGUAUUACAACUUGGCUCCAUUAACUUCAGUGGAACUGAACUACAGAACCACACCCAACCUGGAGCGAUUUUUUGAACGAAAUUGGCUGUUUUUCUAUUCCUGGAUAGCACCUUAUAUGGCAAUUUCAUUAAAGGGGACUCCACUGCUCAGCGUUUGGAACAAAAUAUUCCGGAAGCCUGUGAUGUUAUAGCCCCACCCCUCAUUAUGUCACGCCCCCUCAAUGCAAGUCUAUGGGAGGGUGCGUGACAGCUGUCACGCCCCCUCCCAUAGACUUGCAUUGAGGGGGCGGGGUGUGACGUCACGAGGGGUGCUAUGUCAUCACGAGCUCCCGGCAUCGGCUCUAAUUGUUCGGAACAUUUUGUUCCAAACGCUGAGCAGCGGAGUACCCUUUUAAAUUUGGGUUCACCAAAACUCACGUAGAUUCACUCAUGAUAUUCUGCCGUAUGACUGACCGUGAGCAUCUGUGAUGCCAUAAGGGUUGAAGCCAUUUGACGUGUUACCUAAUUUAUUUUCUUGUGUUGGAACGUGAGCGCCGGUCCGAAAACUGUAACAUUUACCGGAAAAUCAUUCCAUCUUUGGCCAAAAGUCACAUGCUGCCUAAUUCAGGACGUCUUCGGUUAAAGGUCAUGAGAUGCAUUAUGGGUUCAUCAUGGCUCUGAAAUCAGACCACAUGAGAGGGUGUUGUGUUGUACGGCUUCUUGUUUUUUUGACAUUUUAUAUAUAUACAUAGACUUGGCGCUGGAAGCAAUAACUUAAUUUUGUGCACUGUUAUAACAAUCGUUUCCAUCUGCCAGGAUAGUAUAGAAGUCCAAGGCUGAGGAACGUAAACCAGAAGAUGACUAAUGUACGGUGUGACCGGAAGGCAGAGAAGCCAUUGCUCACGCUUGCUUAAUAAUAAUAAUAAUAAUAAUAAUAAAGAAUCUAAAAAAUGAA